AGUUUUAUUGCUGACGACAUUUCAUGGUGAACGGUAUAAGACUUAUUAUAUGAGCAGUUAAGAAAGAUAACAGCCAUUCAGCUGGGGAGAAAGAAUAUAUUCAAUUUUUUCAAAAGAAAAUAUUAUAUUGAGAGAGAUUCUAUUUUAUAUUCGGUGAAAAGGAUUCUCAGAUGGCGUGCAUUUCGAGUAUUAGAGAGCAGAAAUCAACAAAAAUCAAUAACAAUUUGCCGCCUGAAUCAACUAAUCGAUCACAAAAUAAAUUAUCAGUUACUGAAAGGUUAAAGAAACUCGUAAUAUUUAAAUCGAGAAAACGUGGUCAGGAGAAAGGACGUCGUUUAGCCUCAAUUCAGGAAUUGGGUGAAAAAGUAGAUAUUAAUAUCUUUUUUGGGAGAUUAGAAGAAAAGGGAGUGUUGGCAAAAUUGAGGCAUGAGGGAACAAUAAUUAUGUAUGGAGUAAGGAGCAAUCAAUUGCAAAUAAUUUUAACCAGAAGUGUCGAGUCCUCUGUGCGCAAUACACUUUUGGAGUCUAGCGGGUAUUCUCAGGCGUGUUUGGAUUACUUUAUACGCUAUGACUUUGUAAAAUCUUUUAAAUUCGAACAAGACUCUGGUUUCCUUUGUUCCAAUGGUCAUGGACUUGCGACAAUUGGUUUUGUAAUAUAUGAUGGGAAACGCCACUACGGAGUCACAGUUAAUCAUGGUGCUCAUAUAAAUCCGUCCCAAGCAUUUUACGAUCAAACUAGCAAAUUUUGCAAUAAACAGAUUGGAGGUCACUUUUUCUCAGCUUUUAGGGUUUCACCUUUAGCUAAUAAUAAUAAUAAUUAUAAUAAUAAUAUAUCGCUGCUCAAUGAUAUUGAAUCAGAUCACCGUUCUAGAAAUAUAUCUUCCGCAUCAAUCAGGACAAAGUCUUUACCAUUAGUUAGUUUUACAACAGCUCCCGGUUACGUGCCUGUUCCAAUGAUUGAACAAGAAGUUUUCAGAUCAAUUAGUCAAGAGCAUAGCAUGGAUUUUACAGUAAUAGAACUAACAGAGUCAUUAGUCGAUUAUAAGGAAUCAACAAUUCACUUUGAACCUAUAUCAGAAGGAACAAGUCUUUGGAUUGAUACAUGGAACGGUCCUCACGAGUGUGUUGUUCAUAGUGUGUCAGUGGCUGUUCAAAUUGAUAAUAAUAGUUGCUUUACUGACAUGGUAUUACUAAGGAAUAAUAAUUCAGUGCAAAGAGGGGAUUCGGGUUGUGUUUAUAUUCGCCAGAAUCGUUUGUAUUUAAUACACCUGGGCAGAAUAACCUACGAAUUGGAAGAGAGAUCGAAAAAAUUUAGCUUUAAUGUAGCUGUUCCUUUGAAGAACGAAUGGGACUUGAUGAAAAAAGCAAUUAUUUGUAGGAAAAUUAAACUGGGGUAUCUAUUCGCGCUGCAAAUACGAAGAGAUCUACUUACUGGCGUCAUACCGUGCCAAGACCAUACUGCCGUUCUCCUUGCUUCCUACAUUGCACAAGCUGAAUUGGGAGAUUUCAUUGAGGAUGAAUAUGUCGAUCAUACGUACUUGAAAACGUUAAGGCUCCUUCCAAAUCAAACGGAUGAUUUAGAAAUUAAAAUAAUGGAACAUCAUAGAGAACAUAUAGGACAAACCCCACCUGAUGCAGAAUUCAAUCUACUCGAUACCGCCCGGAAAGUAGAGCUGUACGGAAUUAAAAUGCACCCCGCAAAGGACCACGAAGGAGUGUCACUUAACUUAGCCGUCGCUCAUAUGGGCGUUUUAGUCUUUCAAGGAUAUACGAAAAUCAAUACAUUUUCAUGGGCUAAAAUCAGGAAAUUGUCGUUCAAGCGCAAGAAGUUCUUAACUAAACUUCAUCCCGAAGGCUACGGUUAUUAUAAGGAUACAGUCGAAUUUUACUUUGACACAAGAAACGAAUGUAAAAACUUCUGGAAGAAAUGUAUUGAACAUCACGCCUUUUUCCGUUGUCAUUCUGUAAAAAGAUUAGCUAGAAAUAAGACAAGAGUCGUCAGCAAAGGAUCAUCAUUCAGAUACUGCGGAAGGACUCAAAAACAAUUGACAGAAUUUGUCAGGGAUCAUUUUGUUAAGAGGUCAACAUUUGAAAGAUCAGCAUCGCAGAGAACUAUGGCUUCCGUUGGCAAAACGCCAACACCAAAUACGGGAACAUUGAACUCGAAGCAUGAAUUCCUUAUGCAUAAUACGUCAAGUGGUUCACAUACUCUUGAACGGGCACACACGAUCGAAGAUGACGGUUCUCCCAAACGAUCUGACCGAGCUAGAAGCACGGAAAGACCGAAUGAAAAAAAGAAGUCAGCUUUGGAGCAGCUAGAGAGGACAACAAAAGGUGCUUCGGACGAUUUCAAUUAUGAGUAUUAUCGGUUAAGUUAUGACGAUAAAAUAGCUAAUAGUAAUCGCGUUAACGGUGUGCGUAAAAUUUGUGCCGGUACAAAUGACAAUGAUGACGGCGUUUCGCGUGGUUCGUAUCAUUUGAGUGUUGAGUGUUCGUUGGAUAAGAGGGACUCUUCCUUAGACGCACUUGACGAUCAUGCGCGAUCCGAAAGUGACGUUGAGGAGUUGACUGUCGAAAAAUCCGAUUCCAAUGAAAACGUAAAAAAGGUACAAGUUGUCUUAGAAGCUGAUAGCUUCGAUAGGGGUGGUGAAGAUGAAGAAGAGCUAGGGAAAAAUAAGGAAGCCGAAAACAAUGAUGAAAAAGAACUACCAGAGGAAUCGAAGGAGGGAGCUGAAAUGAAGGAAAAUAUCACAGAAGAAAGUGUUUCACAAGAAGAACAAGCAGAAAACAUUGAUGCUACUCAGGAAGGGGCAGAUGAUGAAGAAGAAGCCCUCAACGAGAUUAAUGCGAAUAAGAUUAAAGAUCUGCUUAGCGAAACUCUCAUAGACAGUGAGCACGAGGAAGAUGAGAUUAAAAAUGAGACUGAUGUUCUUAACGGAAACACCAAUCUUGAUAAGAACAUUGCUGAAGAGCAUUUAAAUGAAGAUAUUCCAUACUUUUUGUAUAAGCGUAGCGCAGAUAGAUCUAGAUCAGUCUCUCGUGAAGCCUCUACAGAACGACCUCGAAUGUCACGGGAAGACAAGCGGUUGGAAAUGGAGCAGAUAAAAACAUCUCUUAAGUCGAACAGAACCCGCAGGGAUCAAUCGCCCAGUUUAGUGAUAGAUUAUAAGUCUUUACCCUCGAAGGACUCUUUUUCGUUUGUUGACGAUACCGUCAGUCCUACAGAAGAAAAAAAUCUAAUCGAUUUGAUGAGAAUUAGAGAUAGCGGAAGACAUGUAACUCUACCACUUGCUCCUGUAGUCGUCGCAACUCAGACCCUUCCGGUGGCCGAAAGCCUAGAUAUGGCUAAUUAUGAUCCGCCAGCUCCUUUAUUACCCUCUGUUCCUAUUGUUGAAGAGAGUUCGGAGGAGCAGUCUUUAAGUGAUACGCAUUCGUCAGCUCCAACUGUUCGCGAGAUAGAAGAAGAUGAGAAGUCAGAUAAAAGCGAGUUUAUGCGAUGCGAUACGGUUGCAGAGACUGUUGCAAAAUUUUUAGCUGAUGAGCGAAAUUUAGCUCCACCGUAUCCGCCUCCACCAAUUCCGUGUUUAGAAGAAAAGGAGAAAGAGGAAUCGGAACCGGAAGAGAUUGCAACAGCUGCUGAUUUGCUCAGUCCCUCUUCUUCCAAAUUAAAUACUAUACCUGCUAUUGAUGACGAUGAAGAAGAACAAAGGUUUUCCGAUUGUGAUGUUAUGACUGAAACAGUUUCAUCAUUUUUGGCUAAGCCAUUAGAUUUAGAGCUUCCACCUCCUCCACCUCCUCCACUCCUUUGUGACAUAGAUCUAGAUGAUGAUUCUUUUAAUUCAUCGCCUAAACGAAAGAAAUUAGUAAAAUUUGCCGGUUCUAGCACAGAUUCAAGUAGAACGGACCUGAGCGAGAGGCAGAGGAAAGGAAUGAGUUCUGCUUCAUCUGAUACUUCAGAAAAAGAAGCAGAAUCAAGCACAAGCGUAUCAUCCCCUUCUGAUGCUUACGAAAAGGGUAUACUUUUAUCAUCUGGAGCACCUAAAGCGUCGAUGGAAGACUUGUCAGGCACAACAGAUUCCGAAGACGGAAUAGCAGCAAAGAAUGAUUUAGAAGAUAAUAAUAGACAAGUGACUGAUGUAAAAUUGUCUUUGGGAUUUUCAGAGUCAGAAUUAGAGACGCUUGUAGAGGAUUCAUCGUAUAGAGAACAUCAAUCAAAUGCUGGGCAUCCAUACAUGGAGAGAUCUUCUUCAGAUGAAGAGGAAGAUACGUUGGGACCUUUACAAAGUGAUGGUAUAGAGAAAAAAUUCGAGGACCUACUUGAGGCUCAACUAGCUGAGGAUAGUUCAGAGAGUGAUGAAAACCCAAUAGCUGAUAUAGAGGAAGCGGCGGAUAUUUUAGAUGCUGACGUCUUCAGAAAUCCUUACAAUGUUAAAGGAGAUCAAUACGAUUUUGAAAUGUCCCCAAUUAAGACACAGGGUUCGAUAAAAUCUGAUGCAGAAUUAUUUGACAGUAGUUCUAGCGAUGGGGAGGAGGUAGGUAGAAUGGAAAAUGAGGAGAAUAGAGAUUUACUGGAAGCUCUUGAAAAGCUUGAUCUACCUGAAACUGUGCAUGAAGAUGAUGAUAGGGGCAUGGGAGAGGAAUUUAAGGCGGAAGUAGUCGACUCUUCGUCAGCGGAGAGCGACUUUGUGGACGUAGCACAGAUAUUAAGAGAAAAGAAUAAGUCUAGAUCGUCCGCUGAAAGCGAUCAACAUGCAGAAUCUAAUACAGAAAAUUAG